AUGGGCUUGGCACACACAGUGGGAGCAAUGUUCGACCAGGGUUCGGAUCCUUUGGAGCCCUCCGAAGGACGUGAAUGGGAUAAUGCAUUGACUGUCGCCGCAAAAAAUGGCCAUCUUGAUAUUGUGGAAUUCCUGUUGGGCAAAGAUCUUGCAAUCAACAAGAGAUCGAUUACGUACCUGAUGGAAAAUAUUGAUCAUAAAAAUCAUGGAAAAGCAAAAUUGGAAGCGAUCGUGAACUUAAUGUGGGAUUUGGGUUUGUUGUUUGACAAAUCUAAGAGACCCGACACGGUUGUCGACAACGGCGCAAUCAUUGGGAUAAUGAGAAAUUACAGUUCUGGACUUCAGUUGAUGAGCUGGCUUCUUGAUCGGCGACAUGAGGCCUGUAUUCCUAUUACUGAUGAUGUGCUAUUCUUUGCGAUGUUCAUCAUGUCUUCUGAAGAGAUGAUUCGAUUGCUUUUUGAGAAAUGCAAUGAGGAUAUACACAUCGGCCCUUCCUUCUUUGCUAGAUUAGAUAAAGUGCGCGAUGGUCUUCCUUACAGCUAUUGCGGACUCGAUGUUGCUUUAAUGCACAGAGCGACUGAGCUCGCCGUGGACGACUGGAUCGUUGCACACUGUGCUCAUCAUGCGAGCUCGAAAGCUAUGGAUUUGUUGUUACGGACCCGUCCGGAUAUCCGUGUGAUUGAGGAGACGCUAAUAGCAGCGGCCUCCAAUCCGUUCGGGGCAGACAUGAUUCGCUUGCUUUUCGAUCAGCGAGAGCCAGGGACGCAGAUUAGCGAGAGAAUCCUUCUCGCCGCAGCAGUGAACCAUAAAUGCCCAGAGAUCCUGAAGUUCCUGCUUGAUAAACUUGAUCCAGCUGCUCUCAUGACCCAAAGAAUGAUUCUUACUGUAGCAGAAGAGAUUAUGGAUAGUUUUACCUUUAGAUACCUCUGGGACCUUGAAAAGACUUUUCAAGUCGUGAUUGAGGAACUAAGCCCAAAUACUGUGUUGACCGAGAAGGUAAGAGAAGGUCUCGUCAUGAAAGGAUCAGCGAUGGUAAGGCUGGUUCUAGAUAGACAGCAGGCGGGCUUCGUCGUAUCCGAGAAAAUGAUGGAGAUAGCCGCUGCUUCAUGGGAAGACGAUUCAGUAGAAUUGUUGGAACUGCUGAUGACCAACGGUGGCGGAGAGGUUCCAAUAACCGAGGCCAUUGUAUGCGCAGCAGCCGGGAAUAAAUUCCGUGGUUCAUCAGUCAUGGAGUAUUUAUUCCAGGUCCAAGGAGAUUCCCUUUCCAUUACGGAGAAUGUCCUCGUCGCAGCAACAGAAUGUCCACAGGCACUUGAAAUAAUUCUGAACAAAUGUCCAGAGGUCAGGAUAACAGACAGAGUGUUUGUAGCGGCAUGCAGAAACGAAGGCGCAAUGCAGAUGCUUCUUUCGAGACGUCAAGAUGGGUUGCCAAUCGAAGCUAUGAAGACCGAGAUUGGAAAAUAUUAUUAUGGAUCAUUUGGAGUGUUCAUGCUACUUGUUGACCGACAUCUGGCGGAUGUCGAUGCAUGGGCGGUGGAAACAUUUGCCUCCAGGCCUCGGUCACUGGAGGUUCUGCAGAGUGAAAAGCCGGAUGUGCUCAUCACAGAGCGAGCUCUGGUACGGGCAGCAGAAGACCGUGAUUCAGUGCGCCUACUACUAAAGUCAGAAAAUAACUAUGACCCUGUUACAGAGGAGGUAAUGAUGGCUGCAGCAAGGUCCAAAUACCUCAGCAAAGAGAUACUGACAUCCAUCUUACAUCGUGUGGAAUCUGCGCCGCUGACAGCAAAUGUACUUAAGGAGGCCAUGUUGCAUCAGAACGAUGACACAGUAGAGCUUAUUCUCGCUCGAGGUCGAGACCUGAAUCUAAAAGCGAGUUGGGAGGAGAUUUGGCACGAUGUUGAUAUUCCAGGUCGGAAGAAAGGACGUGCGACCGUGGUGUUUGGAGAACUUACAGACUUUGAAUUGACGGAGUCUAUGCUGCAGGACUAUGCAUACGACAAGGAACAGAAAGAUGACGACGGCGCCGACAGCUUUGACUAUCUGAUUGGCGCGCUUUGCUACUGUAAAGGACCGAUUCCCGCGACCGAAGGAGUGGGAGUGAUUGUCCUGGAGCGAUGUAGCAAUCGAGUUGCUGAGGAGUUCUUGCAGUACCGCCCAAACCUCCCGAUCACCGACAAGUUAUUUCAAGCCGUUGAGAGGAACCCAAAGGCGGAUAAACAGGGUUUACUAUCGCUUCUUGCUAGAAAAAGAGGUUCAGAGUGA